CAUGUCUCUAGAUUGGUUUUUGUGUAGUUUAAAACUAUUUCCUCUUCAAUUGAUUUUAAGGAUGUAUAUCCAUAUCAAUAGAAUAUAUUUAAGAAAACUAGUUCCUUUUGGUAUUAGUCUUAACACUUAAACCUGAACCCUACCUUGUAAAACAACAAUCCAACCCUUGGAGUUAGAAUCUAUUACAUUUACUGAAAUAGCUUUAUUAAUUAUUUUGGAAUAUAUCUUAAGGAAUAUGAUUUUCAUAGAACGCCCUCUAUCAAAUGCUCAGAUUAUGAUUUUGUGUACUUCUCCCUGCCAACUUAACUGACUAGUUAGUUAUUUAUUUGCCAGAAGUUCCAUCCAUGAUUUGAAUUCUUGUUACCAUCUGUUGUCUCCUACAAUUGCUAAAAUUCUUAUUUACAUUUGAUUUCAUCUCCUGUAAAACUUCGAAGAUAUUGUCUCUGCAACUUUUUCAUGAUCAAGCAAGUUGCUUCAAGCAAUGAUUUUUUUUUUUUUUUUUCUAAACCCUCGAUGUCCAAAAACAAUGUUAGAAUUGGAUUUAUACAAGAUUUAAAUUUGAGAUCUUAUUUAAGGAAACCAAGCUCUUAGUGAUGCAUUCAUUUGUUUAGUACAUUGCUAGUAGUGGUUAUGGGGAAUGGACAUUAAUAUAUUUUCUAGUUAAACCUUGUGUUUACUUCUGUUAUGGUACGUAUUCACCUAUUUUGCUAAUUAAUUUAAUCUCAAGUGUUAAACGCUUAUAGCAUUUCUGUGCUUCAAAUAGUAUCCAUCAUUCAACGUGAUUUGUCAAAUGACUCGCACCUUUUCCCAUUAUUUGGUCUUAAUAAUUUUUAUCUGUGGAGGACAUGGUAUUCAAAGUUUUGCUUAAUAAUUUUUCCAUCAUACCAAAUUUGGGUGAAGGUAAUCCCACUGGUGCAAUUGCUGGAGAAAUCGCUGGUGGUGCUACCUUACUUUUUAUUGUCCUAGCAAUUGCAUUUGCACGGUGGCGAUGGAGGAAAUCUCAAGAAUCUAUCUAUAAUGUACCCGAUGAAGGGGAUCCAGAAGUCCUUCUAGGGCAGCUUAAUAGGUUUUCACUACGAGCAUUACAAGUUGCCACAAAUAAUUUUAGCGAUAAAAAUAUUCUGGGUAGAGGUGGAUCUGGAAACGUUUACAAAGGACGCUUAGCAGAUGGUUCACUUGUGGCUGUAAAAAGACUAAAAGAAACGCGCACACCUGGUGGUGAGCUGCAGUUUCAAACAGAAGUGGAGAUGACCAGCAGGGCUGUGCACCAAAAUCUUAUAAGGCUGCGAGGCUUUUGUAUGACUCCAAAAGAACGAUUACUUGUAUACCCCUAUAUGGCUAAUGGAAAUGUAGCAUCAUGUUUAAGAGAGCGUCCUUCAUCACAACCUCCUCUUGAUUGGCCAACUAGGAAGCAAAUUGCAUUGGGAUCUGCUAGGGGUCUAUCAUAUUUGCAUGAUCACUGUGACCCAAAGAUCGUUCAUCGUGAUGUGAAAGCUGCAAAUAUUUUGUUGAAUGAGAAGUUUGAAGCUGUUGUUGGGAACUUUGGGUGGGUUAAACUAAUGGACUACAAGGAUACCCAUGUACGUACUGCUGUGUGUGGCACAGUUGGACAUAUUGCUCCAGAGUAAGUGUGUGUAUUUGUUUUUUUUUUGGUGUUUGUAUCUGCUUCUUGCAAUCAAGGACAGAGGAUACUUAGGGUUUGGGGGGUUAUGGCCCCUGAGUUAUGGAAGAGGAUAUAUAUAUAUAUAUAUAUAUUGUUAUACACAUCAGGUGUUUGAUCAAUUAUUUCAUUGAAUGGACUUCCUCUUUUAGAUUUUUUUUUUUUUUGUGUGUAGUGUUUUUUUUGUAGGAGCAAUUAAUUAACUUAAUCUCUUUAA